AUGAGUCCACCCGAUUAUUUGCCGGACCCCCUAGCCAGAGAAGAAGUAAAAGAUUACUCCAAAGUGUUCCUGAGCUUCCGUGGCAGAGACACUCGGACUGGCCUCGCUGAUCUCCUCCACAGGAGCCUGGUCAAAACAGGAAUCCGCGUUUACAGAGACAAAAACGAGCUCUGCCGAGGCAAGGUGUUCGGCCUGAAGCUUCUAAGUGCGAUCACAAGGUCCAGGAUCUUGAUCCUGAUCAUCUCGGAAAAUUAUGGCUCGAAAGCAUGGUGCCUCUGUGAGCUUGCGCAGAUGAUGGAGUGCAGGAGAAACAAGGCAGGGUAUACGGCGUUGCCUGUAUUUUAUGGGGUGAAGCCAUGCGACGUUCGACACCAGGCAGGGAGAUUCGGCGAUGGGUUCCAAUCCGGUACGUGGCGGUUCGAUGACUAG